AAUUAUCCCGAUAUACACAUUACACACCAAUCCCCUUGGUUUUGCCCCAUUCUAUCGUAUUCGGACCCGACCCGGCCGACCCACAUAUCCGAACCCUACCUAGUUCCCCCACCCCUUCUCCCACUCUUCGCAUCAAACCCCCGAGUUAAUCGACGGUCCAGAUUCGCCGACUAUAGUUUCCGAUUUCCGACGUUAUUUUCCGGCCACGCCUUCCUUGUAAGCACAGGUACAUGCAUGUUUACGUUUAGAUUCAAUUUCUGAAGACGAAUCGAUAAUUAUGGCCGCUUCGGACGAUGAAGAUGAAUCCCUCGCGCAAUUCCUUGAAUCUGAAGUCCUUGCGUUCUCCGAUCAGGAUCAAGGGAAUGUGUCCAAUGAGGAGGAAGAAAAGGGAGGCAGAGAGUCAAAACAUAUGAGAGUUGAGGAUUAUGAGGAAGAGAAUGAAGAUCUCGUGGAUGAAGAAGAAGGGAGAGUACUAAAGAAAAUCAGAGUUGUAAAAGAUGAGGGUGAGAUUGAGGGAAAGGAGAAGGAGGAUGAGGAACAGAAGAGAAGAGCAAAAGAAAUUAGAGUUGGAGAGGAAGAGGAGGAACAAGUAAGACCAUUAUUCUCAUCCCCAUCUUCAAUUGGGGGUGCAUCUGGAAUGAUCAAUACCUUUAAAGAUAUAAAAAAUGGUGCAAGUACUAGCAGUAAUACUCUUCGGAUUCCCAGGCGGAUAGAUACUGGAGUUAUUAGCAAAAUUCCUCCUGAGUUGCUCCAUCACAUACUUAAAUUCCUUUCCUCAGAGGAUCUUGUUUCAUGUUCAUUGGCCUGUAAAUUCUUAAACUAUGCUGCAUCCGAUGAAUCAUUGUGGCGUCGACUGUACUGCAUGAGAUGGGGUCUUCGUCCACCAAAAAGACCACGGGAAUCUGCUUGGAAGAAGAUGUACAUUCAACGUGAUGCAGAGGAUAUGGGAGAGUUUGUUAGAAAUUGUCCGUCUGAAUUCAAAGAAUAUUACAUCCAAAUGCAGGCAGCAAAAAGAAGCCAAACUCCUCUUCUGUCACAGGUGAAUGAUGAUCAUAUAAUACUUGAUAAGACUGUUGCUGAUCAAAUCUCCAUUUGGAAGAAAAACAAAGGCCUUAGUGAUAAAGUGUUUGUGGAUCAUGCUUGUUCUGGGGAGGCAUGCACUUACUAUCAAAUCGGUGAUGUAUUUGUUUGUGAGAAGACUGGACUUGUGCAUGUAUGUGACGAUACGUGCAGAGAGGUUGUUUCUGAUCCAACAAAUGGGCUCUUGGUGUGUACUAUCUCAGGUCACUGUUUUGACAGAAUGUUGUCUCCAUCUGAAAUAGAACCAGACACGGAACAGCAGCAGGGUGGUGGGACUGAUGAAGCGGAACCAUUCAUGGGAUCCGGUCGAUUUGCCCGAGCUUAUUUGCUGGGUUACAACUGUGAUGAUGAGAAGGAACUUGAAGCUGCACUGAGGUUCUGCUGAUUCAACUGCUUAUAUAUGUUAUAUGUAUAGGUGUAUCAUCUUUGAUUCCAUACCAGUAGCAACAUAGCAGUAAAGCGCAAUUUUAAUAAUCUUUUUACUUAUUAGUAUGAUCUUAUAUUUUUACCAACCUUUGAUGUUGUAGUAUUAUAGCAUGCUUGGCUAUUUCAGUAUAUGAGGUUUUGCACCAAGUAAUCUAGUAUUUACAUUUCUAUGGUGGAUUACAUGCAUUGAGUAAAGGGAGAAGAGCAUAUCCAU